CAGACAGGUAAGAAAGACGAGACGGAGACAAAGCUUGCGGGGAACAUUUGAUCCCGGAUUGGAAAGUGAAGUGUUCUCACUGGAGUAUAUAUAAGAGCAAGGCAGCCAUCAGAGGCCACCACAAAGACUUUUUCUGCUGCUCUUUUGGAUUUUAAGAGGACACCCAGUUCACAGAGGACCAGCAUGUCCCUCACCUCCAUCCUCUCAGCUGAGGACAUUGAAAAUGCUGUGAAGGAUUGUCAAGCUCCGGACUCGUUCUGCUACAAGAGGUUCUUCAGGCUGUGUGGCCUCGCCUCCAAGACACCGCAGGAGGUCCAGAAUGUCUUUCAGAUGCUCGACGACGACAACAGCGGCUUCAUCGAGGAGUCGGAGCUCAAGUUUUUCCUGCAACGCUUUGCCCCCGGGGCACGAAUGCUGACCGAGGCCGAAACUAAGAGCUUCAUUUCAGCAGCGGACGACGACAGCGAUGGGCGGAUUGGAGCACAGGAGUUCCAAAUGAUGGUCCUCACCUGAGUUUUCUGCACGUGGAGUUCUCUGAUCCAUCUCCAUUUUUUUUUCUUAUUUCUCAGUGGAUUUAUUUUGUGUAUAUCUGUUUUGCUAAUUAGAACAAUAAACAAUAAAUAUGAAUUUAUGUUCUGAUCUGUCUGUGUUGUCCACUUCACC